AUGGGUGUUCGGUUCGGAUUGGAAGGUGAUAGCGGAAGGAUCACGCAAGCAAGGGCUGUACGAGAUGAAGCUGCACGAAAAACAGAGUGGGAGAAGCCCACGUACAUGGCUGAACCGGAAGCGGGCAAGGUGGCACGAGAUGAGCUACGCACCAAGUUGAAAAAAGUUCCGAUCAAGGAGCUGCAGCAGCAGGCGCUUCCUAUGGCUGCAGCAGUGAGCACGGUGGACGUCAACCUGCUGCACAGGAGGAUGGGGCACGCUGGUCACACUCGAAUCAAGCAGCUGGUCAAGAAGAACAUGGCAGCAGGAGUGAAGGACACCUACUUGGAGUGGAAGGGACGGAAACAAGGAGCUGUUGCAAAGAAAGCGGCAGCAGCACCAACUCCAGUGGAGGAGAUGAUAGAUGGGAGUGAGAAGGAGGGGAUAGGGGCAGCCAAUGGAAGCGGUGACAAUGACGACUACGAAGACCACACUACACCGGGUUUCGACUGGGUGUGGGAGGUCCAGGAGCUAACCUCACCUUCAACUGCCGUGGAAGAGGGUGAAGAAGAAAAUGAUAAGGGAGAAGAAGCGGGUGACAGCGCAACGAAUGAAGCCGGUGAGGAAGAAGCUGAGAUUUCUGAUGUGGAAGAGAGUGUGGCUGAAUCUGCCAGCACGGGGUACUCCGACCCAUGGCGCAUCAUUGACACGGGGGACAAUGAAAAGGCGGCAGCAGAGAUUGAAGACCUACUUGUGGACGGAGCGAUCAUCAUCGGAAGAGAGAUUGAAGGAGAUUCCGUGCAACAAGGAACGGAUGAUAAUGCAGCAGCAGAGAAAGGUGGAGCUGAAAAUGAGAAUGAGGAGAUGGGCAAAGGGAAACGGGUCAAGAAACCCAACCUCAAGUUCCAGGACCCCCAGCUAUUCACAGAGUUCACGGGCUGGCACACGGUCACAGUGCGCCUGCCAGACAACGACUGGUUUCAGGACCCCCAGACAUUCACGGAGCUGACAGGCUGGCACACAGUCACAGUGCGCCUGCCAGACAACGACUGGUUCGUCUCCCUCACUGCUCCCACCGGGGGCGUGGGCGUCUAUGUCUAUGAGUCCCUAGGGAAGAAGACCACAGGCGCUUCAGAACCUGGCACAGACUCCUCCUCUGGUGUUAACAGCUCAGGCUCAGCUGCUGAAGGCUCGUCGACUCAAAAGUCAACUCCUCCACCCGCCUCGCCCACCGCUUCGCCUUUUGAGUCGACUCAAAAGUCAACUCCUCCACCUGCCUCGCCCACCGCUUCGCCUUUUGAGUCGACUCAAAAGUCAACUCCUCCACCCGCCUCGCCCACCGCUUCGCCUUUUGAGUCGACUCAAAAGUCAACUCCUCCACCCGCCUCGCCCACCGCUUCGCCGUCCACAAAGGAGUAUCUGCGGCCUUCCAACGGCACGGGGGCGAAUGUGCUGCUGGCGAGCGUGGAUGGGUGUGUGGAGGACGGCGAGAGCGGUCUGCAGCGGUGCAGACAGGUACGGUGUGGUGGUGAGGUGUUGGACGCGGUGCAUGUGCAAGCAGGGGUUUGCAGCGGUGCAGACAGACCUGUGCCAUAUGGACUAUCUGUCUCCCGCAACUGUGCACCAGAAGCAGCAGCAGCACUGGCAACACCACCAACAGCACCAGUCCUCACUCACUCCCUUCUCUUCACUCCUCUCCCUCGCGUCUCCCAUGCCCCAGACCUGUGCCAUAUGGACUAUCUGUCUCCCGCAACUGUGCACCAGAAGCAGCAGCAGCAGCACGGGCAACAGCAGCAGCAGCGCCGCAAGCACCAGUCCUCCCACGACUCUGCCCGGGUUCAUACUUUCAACUGCAGUCCUGUUCCUACCGUCCCUCCUGCCCCUCACCUCCUUGCCUUGCCCAUACCCUCCUCCGGUGUCCCCCUUCUUUCCCUCCCCAUACAACGCUGUUCCCGCCAGGCGUUCACUGUCUUCGAGGCGUCUCUGCAAACACCCUCAUGCACUGAGUCCCCUGCAGCAGCAGCAUCCCAGCCACCUACAACAGCAGCGGCACCGACAGCACCAGCAGCAGCAGCACCAGCAGCAGCAGCACCAGCAGCAGCAGCACCAGCAGCAGCAGCACCAGCAGCAGCAGCACCAGCAGCAGCAGCACCAGCAGCAGCAGCACCAGCAGCGCCAGCAGCAGCAGCACCAGCAGCAGCAGCACCAGCAGCAGCAGCACCAGUAGCAGCAGCACCAGCAGAGGCAGCAGCAGCAGUGGACGCACCAGAAGCACCAAUCUCCACACUCCUCCUCACAAGAGUGCCGGUGCUUUUCGCUCCAGCCGACAGCUCUUCCCCUCUCCACCGACCUCCUCAUUCCUCCCAGCCACCGAAGCUGCCUCCUUGCACCUCACCCACCCUUCCAUCCCCUCAUCCUCACCCAUUCUCCCCCCCACCCCCUCCAGCCACCUCCUCCCAGCCAAUCGCAGAAGCCCAGCGGCUCGUGCGGCAACUGACGGAUCAUGCAGAGCUGGUGGAUUACAUUCGAGCAACGCACCGCAGUCCCUCCCGGCGCUUCUCUGCCGCCCAGCAGGCUCUUUUCGUCCGCAUCCUCGUCAUGGCGCUGCAGUCAGUCGUGCAGAAGAUGCCGAGCGAUGCCGUCCAGGCUGCCACCCACUUGCUGCACAUCUUCAACGACGCAGUGGUCUCGCCAGACGCCUCGCCGUGCCCCCAAGGUGCAUCUCUCUUUCUGUUGCUCUCAAGUGCCCCUAUGAUCUUCCCAGGUGCUCCUGCUGUUGGUCUCAGGUGCUCUCUGUUUUUCUCAGGGCGCAAGCGUUUCGAAGAGCCUUGCGCGUCCCAAGUGGGUGCUUUUGUAAUAACUCAAGAGCUUCCUCCUCUCCCUACAAUCCUUCUCUCCUCCCUCCCCGGGUCCCCCUCCUCUCCCCCAGCGGAUUUUAUGGUUCUAUGGGACUCUGCGUCCUUCACCCGCCGCGCCAUAUCAGACGGGCAGCGGGUCACGUGGGUGUGGAACGACGACGACUACCACGAGCUCUCAGGUGUGGCGAGCAAGGGUAGGGAGGAGAGGGAGACGGGAGAGGUGCAGCAGUGCCCUGCCCUUCGCUUGUUCUCCCGACGACACAUCACCUCCCCAAUUCGCAUACACCAAGGCUCUCCCGACGACUCAUCACCGCCCCAGUUCGCAUACACCAAGGUGUUUGGCACGGCUCGAGACAUAGCUGUGAAGGACUCGCCUCAGUCACUCGCAUUCACCCUCAUCCGCGCCAGGAAUGAUUCAGCACCCCAGCCCCGCGACUCUCUCCCCCCCUACGUGCUCCUCCUCGCCUCCCUCUGUGCGCCUGCCUGCCGUCUCGUCUCGCCAUGCUGGCCAACGGUCGCUGCGACCAGCAAGUACCCCUUUGCACCUUCUGACUCCUCUCCCCCUCUCCCAACUCUUUCCUGUUCCCCCUACCCCCCACCACCAGCACCCCAGCCCCGCGACUCUCUCCCCCCCUACGCGCUCCUCCUCGCCUCUCUCUGUGCGCCGGACUGCCGUCUCUCCAUGCUCGCCAACGGCCGCUGCGACCAGCCCUGCAACGUGGCUCUCUGUGACUUCGACGGGGGGGACUGCGCUUGCGGCGGCGCUGGCAGCGGGAGUAUUGGAAGCAGCGUGAGCAGCGGCAGUGAUGCUGCUGGUGCUGGUGGUGGGAGUGGGAGAGGAGGCAGCGGCAGUGGCAGCAGUGGCGGUGGUGCGAGUGCGGGUGGGAGUGUGGGAGGAGGAGUGGGUGUGCAGUGGUGCACAUGUCCUGUGUUGCAGAUACGGGGCGAUGAUGGAGCGUGCUGUGAAGCAGCAGGAGCAGGCACGGGCAUCAAGGUCCCCUUCAGUCUGCAACGAUUCGGCCCCACAGUGCAUCCCCUCCUCUCCACUCUCGGCAGCACCGCUACUGCUCUGCCUCGUGUUGUGUCCCAAUACAACAGGGUGCUGAUGGGUCUCAUCAUCGUACAAUACCGCUGGGACUCUGCAGACUGUGCCACGAGCAGGUUUCACUUCCAGGACUUGUGUGUGAGAGGCGAGUCAUCCGAGGCUUUCGGGGUGAACCCAGUCUUCCUUCCGUCCUCCUCGCUGUACAACGCCAAUGCUGCUGCCAACAUGACCGCCUACACCAACGAAACAUUUGCCAAUCCCUUUGAGCUUAACGCCAAGGGGUUGCCAUAUGGCUUUCAGCAGCUGCCUGGCAGCAGCCGCUUCCCGCUGGUGUUUGAUGUGAAUCUGGACAACGGGGCAGCAACACGGCGGCUGCAGUACCUGGUGGACGGGUUCUUCGUGGACAACUACACGCGCAGCAUCGACGUUGUUCUUAUCACUCGCAACGGUGAGGGGCAACGGUGGUGA